CUUCCAAUUUCUAACGGUCGCCGCCUCAUUCGCCCGUCUUAAACCGGUACCUUCCCCCUCCUCAUCAAUUUCCGGAUCUCCAUCGUCCAUGUCGUCCUCAUGCCCUUCGCAUCUGGUAGACGCUUCCGGCGUGCGGCACCACGCCUACAGCAGGAAGCAGAAGUCCCUCGGCCUUCUCUGCACCAACUUCGUGAGCUUGUAUAACCGUGAAAGCAUCGAAUCGAUCAGCCUCGAUGAUGCGGCUCGGAGGCUUGGCGUCGAGAGGCGGCGGAUCUACGACAUCGUCAACAUCCUAGCGAAAGUGGGGCUUCUCUCGAAAAAUGGCAAAAAUGCCUGCUCUUGGAUCGGAUUUUCUGGGAUUCCGAAAGCACUGGAGAGAUUGGAGGAGGAAGCUCGCAGAGGAAUUUCUUGUCAUAAAGGCAUUUAUGCAAAAGAUGAUUCGGACGAUGAAAGUCUGGACCAGUAUGUAGACGAUGGAGAUGAGAGACUAAGUCAAACUGUCAGCACUACAUUGUCGGCUGCUCCCUUUGACAAAAAAAUAUCUGCAAAAGUUAAUAGAAGAGCGAAAUCAUUAGGGACACUGACGGAGAAUUUCAUUAAGUUGUUUCUGACCUCAGAUGGCGAUACAAUUUCACUUGAUGCUGCUGCAAGGCUGCUUCUUGGUGCUACAACUGAUGCAUCAUACAUGAGAACUAAGGUCCGGCGGCUCUAUGACAUUGCAAAUGUAUUAUCUUCUAUAUUUCUCAUUGAGAAGACACAACUCGAAGCAAGGAAGCCGGCUUUCCGCUGGUUGGGUGCAAAGGGUAAGAUGGAGCCAAGUGAUGCAGUAACUGUUGCUAUUUCACCUAGUCCAAAGAAGUUGAACAAAAGGACAUUUGGGACAGAGCUCACUAACGUGGGCUUGAAGAGGAAUAAGCUGAAUUCUGCAGAGGGUAAGAAACCAAUGGACGUUAAGAUGAGAAGUGAGAAUCUGCAAGAGCACAGUUUUAUUCCACAGCAGCAAUCUGCAUCCAAGAAUGGAUAUUCCUUUGGCCCUUUCCAUCCAGUUGGUGUGAUGAAACAGACUGCUAAUUCUGAGGUAAAGUCUGGGAAAGGAAUUCAACAAUGGGAGAACUUGGCUGCCUCCUUCCGACCAAUGUAUCAAAAUCAAGCAUUGAGUGAACUUUUCUCACAUUACUUGGAGGCUUGGGAUUCUUGGUAUGCUGAAGCCACCAAAGGGAGGAAUGUGCAACAGCAAUUCAAUAAGCUUGUCAAGAAGGAACUCUUGUAGACAAAUAUGAUGCUGGGUCUUCCUUGUCAUGAAAUAAACUGGAUGGGUCUGGUUCGGAUCCUAUGCAUUUUUCUUCAUGCGUGAUUCAACAAACCUAUACAUCCGUUAGAUAUGAACAAUCUGUAUUGGUUGAUUCAUGCCAGCCAGUGAUUCUACUUAGUCCAUUUCCAUCAGAGCAGUCUCUUUAUGCUUCAUUAGGAUCUUUCCACAUUUGUGAGUAGUUAGUCCUGAAGGAUCAUAUUGAAUUUUCAAUAUAUGUUAUGUACCAUGAUAUGAAAAUCCUUUUUAUACAGAAAUGUGUUCCUAUUCCAUAAUUGCUCUUUGACACAACAAACAGCCAGUUGUUUGCCUUGUCUUGCCCAUCAGAAUUUUUAUGAAAUGAAGUUUCUUGUUCA